CGCAGGGCGCGGGCCGGAGGAGCAGGAGCGUAAGGGCGGCCGGCGCGUCCUUUGUGCCCGGGAUGCGUCCGCGCUAGGAGCCAGGAAAACAUUCUGGGUGUCCUGGGCAAAUGCUGGAUGGGGGGGUCCUUCUGCUCCCCCUCCAAGAUGGGGGCCGCGCCUGUCUGGGCCUCUGGCCUUCUGAUGCUGCAGAUGCUGCUGCGGGUAGCCGGGGAUGAAGGCACACAAGAUGUUACUGCCACUUCAGAAAAGGGGAUCCACAUGCAGAAGAUGGGAUCCGGGCCUGUGAGGGCUGCGCUGGCUGAGCUGGUGGCCCUGCCCUGUCUUUUUGGUGUGCAGCCACAACAGGGCACAACUGGGGAUGUCCCUCGGAUCAAGUGGACCAAAGUGCGGGCUUCAUCAGGCCAAAGACAGGACUUGCCCAUCUUAGUGGCCAAGGACAACGUGGUACGGGUGGCCAAGGGCUGGCAGGGUCGUGUGUCACUGCCUGCCUACCCAUGGCACCGAGCCAAUGCCACGCUUCUGCUGGGGCCACUGAGAGCCAGCGACUCUGGACUGUAUCGCUGCCAGGUGGUGAGAGGCAUAGAGGAUGAGCAGGACCUGGUGACCCUGGAAGUGACAGGUGUUGUGUUCCACUACCGGGCAGCCCAGGACCGCUAUGCACUGACCUUCUCUGAGGCCCAGGAGGCCUGUCGGCUGAGCUCCGCCACCAUUGCAGCCCCGCGGCACCUGCAGGCCGCCUUCGAGGAUGGCUUUGAUAACUGCGAUGCUGGCUGGCUCUCGGACCGCACUGUUCGGUACCCGAUCACACAGUCCCGGCCUGGUUGCUAUGGUGACCGCAGCAGCCUGCCUGGCGUGCGGAGCUACGGGAGGCGAGAUCCGCGGGAACUGUAUGACGUGUAUUGCUUUGCCCGCGAGCUGGGGGGCGAGGUCUUCUACGUGGGCCCUGCCCGCCGGCUGACCCUGGCCGGUGCUCGUGUGCAGUGCCUCCGGCAGGGCGCUACUUUGGCCUCAGUGGGACAGCUGCACCUGGCCUGGCACGAGGGCCUGGACCAGUGUGACCCGGGCUGGCUGGCAGACGGCAGCGUGCGCUACCCAAUCCAGACGCCGCGCCGGCGCUGCGGUGGCCCCGCACCGGGCGUGCGCACCGUCUAUCGCUUCGCCAACCGCACUGGCUUCCCUGCACCCAGUGCGCGCUUCGAUGCCUACUGCUUCCGAGCUCAUCACCCCACACCCCAACAUGGAGACCCCGAGACACCCUCAUCUGGAGAUGAGGCAGAGAUUCUAUCUGCAGAGGGCCCUCCAGCUGGCUUGGGCGAGGAGGACGAGGUGGUGGUUACCCCUGAUUUCCAGGAGCCUGUGGUGUCCAGCGGAGAAGAGUCUUUGGUCUUGGCAGGGACACAGGAGUCUCCAAAGACCAGCUCCACCCCUGGAGACCCCAGGCUGGACUCGUGGCCCCCUGAAGAAGAGUCGCUGCUUACUGGUGCCCCCAAGCGCAACAACAUGGAAGUAGGUGUGGCAGGGAUACCCACUACAAGCGCAGAGAUGGCCUCCACCCCUACACUGAGGAGGAGCCGGUUCAAAGGGUUGAAUGGGCGUCACUUCCAGCAACAGGAUCCAGAUGGCCCAUUGGUCAUGGUAGUUGAGGCCAGCGCCCGACCACCUACCCCAGAAGUUGUUGCCAACCACAUCGAGCUGCCCUCGACUGCAGAGACCUCGGGGAGUGGCCUAACACUCAGCCCCUGGACCAGUCUGACCAAUGAGUUGGAGAUGCCCAGAGCAGGUGCCUCUGAUGACAGAAGCCCCCCACAGUCCCACCUGUGGCCUCCAACUUCAUUCCAUCCGAGUAUCCCAGGUCCUACCAGGACAUCUGACCUGAAGCCAAGAGCAGCCCAAGCCUCCAGCAUGAUGCCAGCCACCCACAAUCUGCCCUGGCCAUCCUUGGAGCCCACUGUCCCUGCCUCCAACCCCCUGGAGGGUCACAGCACUGUCCCUUGGGAGGCAUCCCCUGGUGUUACUUCCCCAGACUUCCCUAUUGUGGCCAUGCUGCGUGCCCCCAAACUGUGGCUCCUGCCACACUCCACGUCUGUCCCAGAAGCUGAUGGGGAUGAGGGGCAUGUAGAAGCUGUGACUCCUGCCCUGCCAGCCCCAGCCAACCCAUUCCCCUCCUGGGGCCCAGCAGGAUGGAAUGGUGAGCUCACAGCCACCAUGCUGAACAGCCUCAGAUCAGGAAGCCCCUUGGCCCCAUCCCAGGCUGCCAUGGAUGUCCCAUCUGGAGCCAGCCCAGACUUCCCUGCAGCAGACUCCAGAGACAUCAAGGGGACCCGCCUGCCCCACACUCCGGACCACCUCAGCUCCAGCUCCUGGCUUUCCAUGGACGAGAACAUGACAAUCAAUCUUGUCCCUUCUGAUGCCCCAGUGGGGUCCAUGAAUGUCCCUGACAUCCCAGGGACUGAAUCUGGGUUCUUAGAUGCAGCAGAGAGCCCCUCUUCUGGCUGGCAGGCUACUGUAGAUGAGGUGCCAGACACUGGGUCAUCACUGCACAUCAGAGAGCUGGACACCAGGACCACAUCUGUACCCUCAGAGAGCCUUGGAGUCAUCAUGAGUGAGGAACCUCAGGUAGCUUCAGAGGGCAGUGCCACAAAGGAUCCCAUGGGUGUCACAGUUGAGCUAGCCCCCAGUGAUGCUGGUACCAUUUUGGGGUUGGGAUCCCAAGACUCCACUUCCAGAACUCAACUGGCCAUGGGUUCAAAUGUGGUGACAUCUCUCACCUCCAUGGACUGGGGGACCAACAGUGAGGCCCAGAAUACACCCACAUUAACCUUCAGCUCUCAAGGCCAUCCAGAGCCAGAAGGCCAGGGGACACCAGGACCUUCAGCCCCACCGUCUCAGGGCAGUCCUCCCAGGAAGCCAGCUCUUCCUCCCUGGACAACUACAGCUGCCAGCAUAGAUGAAGCUGCCUCAGUUUCCUCAGGGGAGCCUGUGGAGCCAUGGGACACCCCCAGCACCCUGCUUCCUGUGCCCCUGGGCUCUGAGGAGCCUGAGCUGCAGGUCCUGGUUGGAAGCCCAGGCCUGGAGGGUUUCUGGGAGGAGGUGGCCAGCGGGCAGGAGGCUUCCACAGAUCCCUGUGAGAACAACCCUUGCCUGCACGGUGGGAUCUGUCACACCAACGGUACCAUGUAUGGCUGUAGCUGCGAUCAGGGCUUCGCAGGGGAGAACUGCGAGAUUGACAUCGAUGACUGCAUCUGCAGCCCCUGCGAGAAUGGAGGCACAUGUAUUGAUGAGGUGAAUGGGUUUGUCUGCCUUUGUCUCCCCAGCUAUGGCGGCAGCCUGUGUGAGAAGGACACAGAAGGCUGUGACCGUGGUUGGCACAAGUUCCAGGGCCACUGCUACCGCUAUUUUGCACAUCGGCGUGCAUGGGAAGAUGCAGAGCGAGACUGCCGCCGCCGGGCAGGUCACCUGACCAGUGUCCACUCCCGGGAGGAGCAGCAGUUCAUCAACAGCUUCGGGCAUGAGAACGCGUGGAUUGGCCUAAACGACAGGACAGUGGAGAGAGAUUUCCAGUGGACAGACAACACGGGGCUGCAAUACAAGAACUGGCGAGAGAACCAGCCAGACAAUUUCUUCGCGGGUGGAGAGGACUGUGUGGUGAUGGUGGCACAUGAGAGCGGGCGCUGGAAUGAUGUUCCCUGCAACUAUAACCUCCCCUACAUCUGCAAAAAGGGAACAGUCCUGUGUGGACCCCCUCCAGCAGUGGAGAAUGCCUCCCUUGUCAGUGUCCGCAAGUCCAAGUACAAUGUCCAUGCCACUGUCCGCUACCAGUGUGACGAAGGCUUUGCCCAGCACCACGUGGCCACCAUCCGCUGCCGGAGCAAUGGCAAGUGGGAGCGGCCCCAGAUUGUGUGCACCAAACCCAGAAGGUCCCAUCGGAUACGGAGACACCAUCACCACCACCAGCAUCGGCACCAGCAUCGCCACCACAAAUCUCAUAAGGAGCGCAGAAAACACAAGAAUCACCCAGCAGAGGACUGGGAGAAGGAUGAAGGGAAUUUCUGCUGAUGAGCUCAGCAGAAGCCAGCACAGCCUCUACCCUACAUCUCCUCUGGAGCCUUCUCCUAGGGACACAGUGCCCACCCAGAAGGAGAGGGUCUCUGGAGGUACCCUGAGCCCCAUGCACUCCCCCCAACCCUGUGUACAAAGCUCCCUUCUCUUCUUUCCCACCCAGGAUCCUCUUGGCAGGGGUGGCCAUGUGUCUGAAAAGUGCAGUUUUGUCGGGCAGAGCCUGGAGCCUCAUAGCCACAGGAAGUGCCAUUACAUUGCUUCCCCUAUGUAUUUGCCAGGCUGAUAGCCUAGUGUUGAAAUGAGGCUUCUGCGAGCAUGUGUGAGUGUGUGUUUGGAUGUGUGCUGAGGAAUUUUGACACCAGAGAUUCAGGCUCAGUUGAAUGGUUGGCUGCCCUAAAUCCACAAUGAAGCCUUUCUUAAGGUCACUGGCUCGGGGAGCAGGCGGCUCCAUUGACACACAGCAGCUGGGAUGUGACUUGCUCUUCCUUCACCUUGGACUUCUGCCGUAUGCAUAAACUAGUGUGGAACUCUCACUACUGAAUUUAGGAGUGUGUUUUAGAAGCACCAGCCUCCAUGGCCUCCUAGAGCAAUGUGGAGGGCAGGAGGGAAAGUAUAUUGCAGACCCUCUCAGAUCUUGUCCAAUGCUGGAAUACUGUGGUCUUUUAAAUUUUGUUUUCUCUCUCUCUCUUUUUUUUUAAUAUAAGGCCUCACUCUGUAGCUAAGGCUAACCUGGAAUUUACUUUGUAGCCCAGGCUGGACUCAAAUUCAUGGUAAUCUUCCUGGGAUGACAGGCCUGCUGGCACCACUAUGCCUAGAGAUGACAUGAUUUUAUGGUGGCAGAUCUCUCACACACAUUCACAGAUUCAUGUGUUGAACGCACGCACACACCAGAUGACAAUAUCAUUAAUACUAGUAUACCUGGAUUUCCUCCCCUCCAUCUCUCAGGGAGACAAUGAGCCUCCUUCCUGAACUGGGGUGGGUUAUAUGCCAUGUUUUCUAGCCCAUAGCCCAUCUGUACCCCUUCCUGGAACAGACUUUGGCAAUGCCCCUGUCUUGGAUCCCAUCCCAACCCCAUCUGCACACACUGCCUACUAGACUAGACAUGUUUAAAGCUACCCAUGCCACCUACCCAUGGCUGUAUUGUAGAGAGAUGGGUGGUGUUAAAAAAGAAAAACACACAUUUUCCCCUAUAAGUUUUACUUUUUAAAGUGGGAAAGUAUCUACCUUGCCUUCUUUCUUCAAAUUGCCCUACAAACUCAGAGGCAGGAGCCAGCUCCCUGCCCUCCUACACAAAGCAUCCAGAGAUUGGCCUCCAUAUGUCAUGGCCAUGCUUAGCCCCUCCAAUGUGGGUAAAAUGUGUGAAGUGGUGUCAAAGCUGUGGUGUGGGUGGAGGCACAGCUCAGCAGUGACACUUGUGGAGCCUGGUAGAGGCCCCAGUUCCAUCCCCAUUGCUUGUCAUGUGGCCCCUCUAAGGGAUUAGUACAGAUAGAAAUGUUUUAACUAGCCAGGCGUGGUGGCGAAUGCCUUUAAUCCCAGCAUUUAGGAAGCAAAGGUAGGAGGAUUGCCAGGAGUUCGAGGCCACCCUGAGAAUACAGUAUGAAUUCCAGGUCAGCCUGGACUAGACUAGAAUGAAACCCUGCCUAGAAAAACCAAAAUGUUUUAACUGAGCCGUCAUCUGUAUGAGAUCUCAACAUCCAAAUGAUGAUCAUUUCCCCAUUUUAUACAUAAUGAGACUGAGAAAUGAACAGAAUUAAUAUCACAUGAAGGAUAGGGCUAUAGGAAGGACUUGGUCCCAAUUCUGACUUAAACAUUGCCUUUUACUUUGGGGGAAGAGAUUGAAAGCCUCCUCCUCCUCCUCUUCUCCUUUUCUCCCUCUUUCCCUCCUUCCCUCUCUCUCUCCCCUUUCCUCCCCUCCCCACAACACACUGGCAGAUUUGGAAAGUAUCUACAAAUGCAAACUGGACCCUUCCCCUUGACUUUGAUCAUCCAUCCUCCCUGCUACAGAUAUUAGCCACUGCCCUAGCUCAGACUGUUGUGGGAAAAGCCCAGGGACACAGGUUUUGUCUUUUUACUUCACUAACACUUGGUUCAAAUGUAAUAACAACAUACCUUCACCUCUCCAUGGCACAAAAUGAUUUCUCUUUGUUUGGGGGGAUAUGACUUGCUGGGGUGCUCCUGUCCCCCACUCCAGCUCUAUAGUGGGAGGAGCUCCAGUCUUUUCUAUAGCAGCAGGAGUUUAUCUUUGGAUCUUUCCCUCUGGGAUGUGUGUGUGUGUGUGUGUGUGUGUGUGUGUAUGUGUGUGUGUGUGUGUGUGUGUGUGUGUGUGUGUGUGUAUGUACAACUGUGGGUCCUUCUGAAAGCCACAGUGUUUUGUGGGUCUGUGGUAUCUGACACUGUGGACAUUAAUGUACUUCUUGAACAUUUUAAUAAAUUUUUUAACAGCUCAA